AUUGGAAAAUCACGGAGAUUAUACGAUCGCGAAUGUUCACGCGAAUGAAUCAUUGUUUACAUUUCUAACGUGGCAUUUGAAAAAAAGAAUCCAUGUCUUGGAUCGUGAACUCUGUUCGCGCUGUCAUAACCACAUGGACACCACAGAUGACACCAGUACGGUUUCGCUAUCAUGCGGAUAAGAUAGCAAAAGGUCCCUUGAUACGGGGAUAUGGAUAUGAAGAUCCUAUAGAUAUGAGAGGCCUUCUACCACGUACGAACAAUACUACUCGACUUCCGAUGCCGAUCUAUCGACCAGCAAACGCUUGGUCCGAAAAGAAGGCACUAUUCGGUCAGAAUGACUACAUCGACAUAUUGGGUGCGGAUAACUUACAUCCCACGAAAAUUAUCUAUAACGUACCCUCAUGGUUGAGAGGUGUCGGUGGUAACGAAUUUCAGGUUUUAUUGCGAAAGAGAAAAAUGUUGGCAAAAGGUAUAUAUCCUGUUGCAAGACCCACUAAGUGGCAUCAAUUGCACAAAAGAAUACAUUAUCUUUAUAAAUAUUUGAAUCGUAAAACUAAAAAAUAG